AUGGAAGAUGAGACUGCGUACAAACUUGCCUUGGGAUGCGCAGAGAGGCAGAUAACGGCUCCAGAUUUCUUAAACUUGUACAAAGAGUUCUACACAGAACGGCUAGCGACCAGUGGAGAAAACGAUGAAAGCCCAGCUGCUGAUUCGACUGCUAAGGAACUCUGCGACACUUUGGCUGUAGAUUUUCUUCGACUUUUGAAUUCACAGAAACAUUUGAUCAUUGUCGACUAUUUGGUGCAAGUGCUGUUUGUCAACUACAAUACCAUAUUGGUUCAUGCAUUUUUGCCCCGGUUGUAUUCUGUUGGGAAUUCAGUUAUGUUACUUCAUUUCUUCUCCCAGUCCAGUGCUUUUCUGGCCAAUUUAUCAGAUUCAUUGAUUGCAGAUGAGGUCUCAAGGGACGCUCCAGGAUGUAUAAUCCCCAAUGUGCUCAAUGCAAACAUCAAUGAGAUUAGCGACGAGCUUGUGGUUGCUAUCGCCAGGUUCCUGCAGUUGAUAUUAAAAAAUAUGAAUGGCAACGCUACGAUUGCAUCAGAAAGAACGAGAGAGGGUACCUAUACGCUAAUGUCAAGACUCUCCAAAUUGAACAGACUUCUUCAUCGAAAGAUCUCUGUAAGCUUGGAUGCCAAGAUAGGAUUCAAAGAUGCGAAUAUCCCCGCGACAAAGGAUGCUACACACGACUUCAUGAGCUCUCCCACUAUAUCUUCGCCUCAAUUUAUCCCAAGUCCUUUCUCAACCUCCAAAGUGCCCACUUCUAAGGCCUUCACUCCGAAAUAUGGUGAUAUGAAACUUCUCCGCUUUUACAAGAAUAUCUGGCUCAAUAACAAGAUCAUGAAUUGGGAGCCAAUAGACUCUUCGUUCCUUUCCAAUUAUACGAUGAUAGCUCCGACUAUAUUUCAAGAUAAAGGAAACCCUGCUAAGACGGUAGAUACAGAGCUCACUGACCUGAUCGAGACGUCAUUCACUUGUUUCGCUCAGUUUGUCAGUAAUAAACAGUAUCAUCAAGCCAAUUCCUAUUUCAAUUUGUUGGAGAGGCAGUGGAUUAUUUUUAUUGUUAAACAUAUUCCACUGCUGAUCUUAGAGCAUUCCUCUGGAAACCCACAAGUUGUAACUAACGCCCUUGAGAAUAUAGACGACAAAGUUGUGAAGGCGAUUCGAACUUAUUAUUCAGAAAAAGAUGAUGUGAAGAAAGCAAAUGAGGACCUGUUCGAUGACUAUCCAUCGGCAAGUCUAGACAUCAGACAUGAUUUUAUUAAAAAUUUAAUAAAACUGGGACUGCAACCAUCGGCGUUGAUAAAUGAUUAUCUAGGAGAGGAUCAGAUGAUAGAUACUAAGGGUCUAUCCGUUACUGAUGAGUUAGUGGUUACCAAUUUACAAGGUGUUCAAGAGGUAAUAUCAGACAUUGCUUCGUUUAUUUCUACCUCCUUAGAUUCUCUCGAUCCGGAAUUGAUUACUGGGCAAGCAACUGAACAGGCAGAAGGAUUGCUACAAAUUCUGAACAAUUUUGAUAACAUAUCUCCAACCAAACAGCGGGAACUGUCAACCAGUCUCAUUGGCAUGUUGCAGAAAGCACUUGUUGACUUUGACUUUAACCGUAUAACAAAGAUAUGCUUAUUGCUGUCUUUCAACUUUUCGCAUUCUCUUACCGCGAUACUGUCUUUUGUGACGCCAACCAAGGUGUGUGAAAUGCUAAUGAGAUUCAUUGACAUAUCGUGGGAUGGCUGCGUGGAAACAAAGAAGAAAGAAGCUGCAGAUUCAGAGUUUGAGACGAUGAACAUAUUCUCGUCUUUUGCCUGGUCUCUUCUUCUAUUGAUCGUUAUUUCUCAAAACUAUGACUUCUCGCUGGUGGACGUAGUGCUUCAAUCCUCAGAUCUGGACCUAGAAAACUCAUUUGUAGUGCCUUUCAUUUCCAAGCUUCCAGAAAUCCCAGAUGCGUUCUUCAAAGAUGUCCGUAAGGCUGCGGAUCCAAAUAUGAGAGCAGAAUCUCUGCUAAUGGUAGAAGGCUGGCUGAAAGGGCUGUUUAUUAACGGCUCGAUAUCCGAUUCACUAGUGCAAAAUGUCGAUGCCAAAGAGUUGGCGAUGUUGUGUCCCUUCAUUUUCAAACAGGUUUUACUGGCACUUGAAGCGCAGGCGCUGAAUGACCUCUCCAAUUUGAUUGGGGGUUUCGAGUAUUUCCUGCAACCUUUCAUGCAAAUCGGCCUGAUCAAGAUAGUUUAUUGGCUUGAGCAAUACCUGUAUUCUUUAAAGAGCGACACUAUUGCGGACGACGUUCUUGGCAACAUUUUCACUUUACUGGACUCAAUAUUCAAUCCAUCGUCACUCAAUGAGGAUUCGCGAUCAUUUCAUAAUGCCGUGCUAAGGCUAAAUGCGAUAAGGCUUCUGAAGGUCCUACGUAAAUUUCGCGUUCAGUCGCAAUCAAAUUAUGGCAUAUAUUCAUCGGAGGCCAGUGGGCAUCCAAAGUUGGAGUCGUUGAUCAAAAAUCUUACAGCCGCCCUACAGAUAUCGCCUAAUUAUAAUGUGGAUCCUAGAAUUACAAGUUCUGAUAAUGCAUUUCCCCAAAAGCAGCUGAAUUACGGUAACAUCAUGAUUCUGAAUGAGAACCCUAUUAACAAAAUAAUGACUAAUCAGAUCAACUCUUUCUGGAAUUUGCAUAGCAGCACUUACUACAAUUUAGACUAUCUGAGGGAGAUCAUCAAUUUAGUCACACCUCGAAAUUUCCUGAUCGAUGUAUUUCGGACUCUCGAGUACAAAUUGAGCACUUAUGGUGUACCCGGAGCUCGUAAUAGGAUGUCAUCAGCAGAAUCGGAACAUGUGUUAGAUUACCUCUUCUACUUUAUGGCUCUAUUCGAUAUAAAAUCACAGACCCAUGCUAUGCAUCUGCUUUCCUUAAUGGAGUCUAAUGAAGAGCAAGAAGAGCCUUCCGUUUCCAUGCGGUUGCAAAUCAAGGCAGACCCCGUCCCAAAGCAGGAGGUAGCUCAAGAUGACGACUUUGAUAUGCUUUUCGGUGAAAACGACACAAGUACACAUGGGGCAGAUGAAGAAAUACAAAUUAUUAAUGUUGAGGAGGUUCCAAAAUUUAAUCACAGCGCUGCAUUCCAUCGGCAAUCCUUCGGAUUGAUCUUGCAUGAGUUAAAGACAAACUACGAAGCUGCGUUACCAGCUGGCUUCAUUACUCAAGAGGCAUAUAAGAGAAUUGAAAGGUAUCAUCAAAAAUAUAUCGAUAUUUUGAAGAAAUGCAUCUUCUGA